AUGUUUGAUUUCUUCUGUAAAAAGCUGUACAGUAGUAUCACAGGUAACAGAAGAAGAUGUGAGAAUAAGAUGAAAUUUGGAAGUACAGUCAUAUUUCAUGUCGGAGCAUUUCGUCGAGCAAUACCCGUAAUGCCAAUGAUACUUUCUGGACUAUGUUGUCUCCUGAAUAUUUUUAUUCCCGGUUCCGGUACUUUGUUAUGCAGUUUCAGCGUCCUCUGUUGUGCAAAAAUUGAAAACUGUUCUAAACUGUAUUCUUUUUCGAUGAAUCUGUUGGCCGCACUGAUACAGUUCGUCACAUUUCCACUGGUUGUCGGUUGUGUUUGGUCUGUUUAUUGGGGUGUUCUUUUCAUCAUGAAAACCCGUGAGUUCCAAUAA